UCCGCGAACUAAACAAUAACAGAGAAUACGAAUCGUCUUCACUGUCAACAAACGAAGACAAAAUUGAUUGGCGACUUGGUGGAUGAAUUACAAGACGUAAAAGUUGCUGAAAUAAGUGAAGAUCGACCCCAGUAGUCGGAGAGAGAAUUACCAGGCAAGAAAGUGGAUCCAAAUGAGCAAGCCGUCGCAGCAGAAAUUAACUACAGACCAGAACGGGGUUAGUGUGAUUCAGAGUCAAGCUCACAGCAGCACAGCAACAUCGGCGACAGCAGCAGGACUACAGCAGGUGCCACAACUUGUACCAGUAAGUUCUACAGGAGGCGGUAAGGCCACACCCCCAAGCAAGAUGAAGAAACCAGUUGCAGACAAGGACAGCGAGGAGUACCGGCAGCGUCGGGAGCGCAACAACCUGGCCGUGAAGAAGAGUCGAAUGCGCAGUAAACAGAAAGCGCAGGAUACGCAGCAGCGCGUCAACGAGCUGAAGGAAGAAAACGAGAGACUGGAAGCCAAGAUUAAACUCCUGAGCAAAGAGCUGAGUGUGCUCAAAGAUCUCUUCCUGGAGCACGCCCACAACUUGGCCGACAAUGUGCAGCCCCCCAGCACCGCCCCAGAUGUCUGUAACCCCGCUCAGAACAACAGCAAUAGCAACAGCGUAGUCAACAACAACAACAACAACAACAACAACGCCAGCCAGUGAAGACGUAGUUUAGAGACACACUUUUUUCCUUUUUUUUUUUUUUUAUGUCACUUUUUUUCCGGAGAAGGUCGGCUGUUUAAUGUUUCAUCUUCUGUAUUUCUUUCUUCAUUUUUUUUCCCCUUUCCUUUAUUUUUUCCAAUCGUCGUUGCCACAGUUCACUUUCACUUCUUUGUCGUUCUUGUACGCUCAACAUUGUUUUCCCAUGUGGUGCGUAAUUGUGCCCGUGGGAUGUAGAUGUGCAUCAGCCAGCUCAUUUGCGCAGUGGCUUAUCACACCAUCUCUAUGGCAACAGCAGUGUUGAGUUGCAGGAAUUGAUUUGACGUGUGCAAAAUUCCUGAUGGUUUGCCAACAGCCAUUUGUCAAAUAAUUCCUAAGUAGAGGAUAGUUAGUUUAAACUUAGUGUAUGUUUUUUCUACAGUCUAGAAAAAAAAAAAACAUGACCAGCAACAGCCUUGCAAGUUUGUAAGUUACAUUUUCAUGUUACUGUCCCGUUAGUUGAACUAAUAUCUUGUGGCUGCGUUUGAUUAUCUUUGAUUUGGAUUUCAGCUACAUGCAGUAAGGCAAACAAGACUAAUGAUAGGGGGACAUUUUUCUUUUGGCUUGUGCUUGUCAUGAACAGUUUUUAAAACAACCUUGAGAGAAAAGUAGAUAGUAGUUAUAUUUUGGGGGAAAAACAAAAACUUUGAGAAAGCUUUGAGGAGUUUUAAUUGUGGCUAUGCUGUUGUUUAAAUACCAGCGCCACUCUUUCUAAAGUGGAUAAAACAGAAAUUUAAGUUUCUUUUUCAACAGUGGCAGCUGAGAGACAGAGUAGUUCACAACGAACGUUCGCCGCCUUGAUUUUGUCAUAUAGAUGCAGGGGAUUCACAAUGAAAUUUGAAAGAAAAAAAAAAAAAAGAGUGGUUCUUCGGCUGCAUUUUAAAUGUUUCUGGUGCUUGUACUAGCUAAGCCCUACACAACCCAGUUUGGCCAAUCGGAGCAAGAUUUCGAUCCAGGUGAUAAAGUACAUGGUUACAACCGCCACCUGCAGAAGACGCAGCUGUUGAGGACCAAGUAGAAUUGGUCUGGUGUGACGAUGAGUGCAUAUGCACAGAUCUUUGAUAAAAAAUAGGAGGGUUUUUUUGUAAGGAAGAAGGAAAAAAAGAGAGAGAGUGGUGGAUUUAAUUCCUAGACAUCUCAAGAACAAGAUGAUUCUCAUGCUGUUGCAUCAUAAUGGAUUUGAGACUAUGUUUUUGUUUUUUGUUUUUUUGACAAAGUUAACAGCAGGAGAAUGAGGACCAGGGUCCUGAGUCUCCUGUGUGGAUGUUGGACUGCAGACAAAGCCAGACAGACAGAGUCAUGGUAAACCUGUAUGUGCUAGAAGCCAUGGGCUAGUUGUCAAAACAAAAAGCUGGACGGGUGGGGCAGGAACUUUUUCUGACUCAGCAGUUUUCCAGCUUCAAAGGCAAUCAGCUGUCCUAAAUCUAAGUUUGUAGUUACCUCCGAG